UUCAGUCAGGCUUUGGCAGCCGAGUCGAACGAACGUGACUUCAGGCGCCUUCAAACGUGUUUCCUUUGAAUGUUUUCAAAAAUAUUGUGAUAAAUCCCAUACGUCCGUGUCAACAUAUCAACUAAAGAAAUGUCACCGUGUCGAGCAGCGGCGUGCGUGGUGGCGUUAGUGGCGACGUGCUUCGCCCCAUCGCCCGUGCUCUCCCUGGACCUCAACAAGCUGUAUGGCCACCAUACAAAACGUUCUGAAUACUGUCACCCGUACGAGCCGUUCAAGUGCCCCGUGGACGGCAACUGCAUCUCCAUCCAGUACCUCUGCGACGGCGCGCCGGACUGCAUCGAUGGCUACGACGAGGACUCCAAGCUUUGCACUGCAGCGAAACGGCCGCCAGUAGAAGAAACAGCUUCGUUCUUGCAGUCGCUGAUCGCAUCCCACGGCCCGAACUACCUGGAGAAGCUCUUCGGGAGCAAGGCUCGGGACGCUCUGGAACCUCUGGGAGGCGUCGAGAAAGUCGCCAUUGCAUUGUCUGAAUCACAAACCAUCGAAGACUUCGGCGCAGCAUUACACUUGAUGCGUUCAGACCUCGAGCACCUACGCUCAGUCUUCAUGGCCGUCGAAAACGGAGACCUCGGGAUGCUCAAAUCCCUCGGCAUCAAAGACAACGAGCUCGGAGACGUCAAGUUCUUCCUCGAGAAGCUGGUCAACACGGGCUUCCUCGAUUGAAUAGCACCGGAGUCCGCCUCUGAAUACUACCACGUCCAAUAUGCUCCCAUCAGCUCUUCUUUCUACAGCUAUCUUCCCUAUGACUCCUUCAAAUAUAAGAGGUACUAAGUACUUCUAAAUGCCUCUGCACAUAGUUACAUUUUCACGCGUAGGACUUAGUUAAUGCCAUUGUAAGCCUCAAUAGCUCAACGGUUAUAGGAGUGGACUGAAAACCGAAAAGUUGGAGGUUCAAACCCCA